CGAAAUUCGUUGCCAUUGCCCAUUCCUUCCCGCCACCAAUUUAACUAACUAUCAAUUGGGAAAAAAAAAAAAAGAAGGCUCUGUAAAAUUUACUUUCUCCUUGAGUUCUUUACAAAGAUAAUUCAUUCUCUACUUUGAGCAUCAAUCUUUGUGGGAUGCAUUUCAACUAUCUGAUCUCUCACCCAGGAUAAAUGUCAUCCGUGCAUUUCCCUGUUGAGGAGACUGCACGCCAACUGUUUGACGAAAUACCCAACCGAAUUUUAAGUUCCUUAUACCACUUUGGUAAGCAGUACCUAUUAAACUAGGCUCUCAGGAUACGAGUUUUUUUUUCAUAUGAUGUUAACUCUACCUGCACAACCUCAACCCCUGAAUGACAAAUCCCUUGUCUCACUUCACUCCCAAUUCCUCCCGCCAAUUCACAUUGAUCCAACAUCACAUCAUAGUCUUUGCUAUGGCAGUGUCUUUAAAUGCAACCCCAGAAAAAACAUUUCCUUCACUUCAAUAAAGUGCACCUCAAAUCCUCUUAAACUACGACGAGACCCGUCGUUGGAUAAGCAUGUAGUGAAGCAGAAUAAAAUCCGCUUCGUUCAGAAGCUCAAAACUUUGCUACUCUCCAAGCCAAAACACUUCAUGCUACUGCACAUUUUGUACAAGUGUAGAUCCUACUUAUCUUUACCUAAGCCUCGGCCCAUUCUUUCAAUGGUCCGUCGGUACCCCACUAUUUUUGAGGUCUUCACUAUCCCAGCACCACCUAUACCUAUGAAUGCUGCAAAGUGGCUCUCGCAGACCUGCAUUCGCCUCACACCGGCUGCAGCUGCACUUGCGCGUAAAGAAAUUGACCUUAAGAGGGCAAUGGCAGAGACAUUGGUAAUUAAGUUACAGAAACUCUUGAUGCUUGCUUCACACAACAGGCUUCUGCUAUCUAAGCUUGUUCACCUUGCCCCUGACCUUGGUUUGCCUCUGAACUUUCGUUCCUGGCUUUGCAACGAGUAUCCAGAUAGGUUUAAGAUUGUGGAUACUUCUUAUGGCCGUGCCCUUGAGCUUGUCCAGUGGGACCCUGAUUUGGCUAAUGUUUUACCAAAGUCUGAGGCUAAGCUUGAUUUGAUAGUGGACAGGCCCUUAAAGUUUAAGCAUCUGAAGCUUAGGAAGGGGCAAAAUCUUAAGAGACGUCAUCAGGAUUAUUUGAUAAAGUUUCAGGAGUUAGCAGAUGUGUGCCCUUAUAAAACCAAAGUGGAGGACUUGCAGAAAGAAUCGAUUGAGGCAGAGAAGAGAGCUUGUGCUUUGGUGAGAGAGGUCUUGGGGAUGACUGUUGAGAAGAGGACUUUGGUGGAUCAUCUGACACAUUUCAGGAAGGAGUUUGGGCUGCCCAACAAGUUGAGAGGGAUGCUGGUGAGGCAUCCUGAGUUGUUUUAUGUAAGUCUAAAGGGGCAGAGAGACUCUGUUUUUCUUGUGGAGGGAUACAAUGAUAGGGGCUUGCUUCUGAAUAAGGAUGAAAUAUUAGUGAUCAAAGAUCAAUUGAUGGAACUAGUUAAUGAAGGGAAAAGAGUGAGGAGAGACAAGAGGAGGAGUUGCAUUGAGAAUGAUAAAAUUGUUGAUAAACAUGAUCAUCAUAAUUGGGAUGCUGAAGAGGAUGAUGACUACGAUGAUUAUGGUGAGAGUUUGGAUGAUUUAUUUGAAUCUGAUGAUGGUUUUGUAACUGUAGAUGGUUUGGGUGAUGAUGAGAGUACUCAGAUGCUGGGGAUGCAGGAGAAAAUGGAGUUCUGGACAACUGAGGCUGUUUCCUUUUUGGAAAAUGAUAGUCGAGGACCAUGGUAGAAAUGGAUUUCUUUUGGAAUUGGUACAUUGAAACCCAUUAGUGCAUGUAGAGUAUAGGUUAAUGAAUAUGUUAUUUACUCGCCAAAAGUUUCCCAUAAUAGUUUUCCAGGUGCUCUUGCACCUAUCCUCGAGCUAUUGUAAAUUAAUCUGACAAUUUUAUUGUAAACACUUGCUUCGUUUC